AUGCACGUGCAAAGCAGGCCUUUUCUAACAAUAGAGACAAGAACAGGAGACAAUCCUGAAGAGCAGGGGCCAACGCUGGAGGAAGCUGAAGAUGCUCAGGAGAGGACGGCAGACCAGACCUUCAACCAGCUCCAGCAUGCUUCUAACCAAAGAUACAUUUCGCCGAAUAUUAGGAUAACAUCUGAGCCUCUGGAUGCUAAAUCAACCCUCACCAGAGCCACCUUUUCUUCCGGCUCCCCCACCAACAAGCAGGCCCAGCUCCCGGCCCUGUUCAGUGGCCUGAGGGUGCUGAGGAAAGGAGUUGUCGGGCCCGAGCACAACACCGUGGCUCAAAUCAGAGCGCUGCCUCAGGGGGAAAGCGCCACAGUUCCCACAGAGAGGCAGGAUAACGGGAAGCCUCAGGGAGGCUUUCUGGACCAGAUCUCACAGUUUCUGAACAGAGACAAAAAGGGAGACGAGAAGGAAGAGGAGGAGGUUGAGGUGGAGGUGGAGGUUGAGGUGGACACAGCCCAGGUUGAAAACAGAGUGAGUGGAGAUGGUGAGAGUGAAGAGGGGGAGAUCAAAGAGCCUCAAGAGGAAGAAGGGAAGAUUUCAGAGGCCAACGAAUCUAUCAAACCCGUGUCCAGUGCAGAGGCAGCUUUCGAUGCCUUCAAGGCCUUUUUCACCCCAAAGCCGUUGAAGAAGGAUCCGGCAGACAAGGUUGACUUGGGUGCACUGAGGAAGAAAUUGAAAAAUGAUAAAGAUUCACUAAGAACGCUGUUUGAGAUAUCAUCCAAAAGGACGCCAGAGAAGAAAGACUCGCCUGAUGGAAAAUCAGAACCGUCCACUCCUGGAGAGGGAGAGGAACGGACCCCCGGCCGUCUACAAGCCGUCUGGCCACCUCUGAAGGAGGAAAAAAUCGGACUGAAGUACACGGAGGCAGAGCACCAGGCUGCCCUUCUGCAGCUGAAGAGAGAAUGCAAAGAGGAGCUGGAAAGGCUACAGGAGAACUAUGAGCUGGAACUGUCCAGAUUGAGGGUGGAAAAUGAGAACACCGUCACCCGUCUGGAGCUGGCAGUGGCUGAGCUGCAGGCCAAAGCCUCCCAGGCUUGGACCGGACACCCCGGAGACCGCAGAGACGUCGCCGUGGCGACGGCAGACGACUUUGUUCACAAAUCCUUCCGCACGGUCUGCAUCCAGACAGACCGAGAGACUUUCAUCAAAAGUCCCGAGGACAGAGAUAACGCUGGGGAUGCUUGCAGGAGCGAUCAGAAGCACAAGGCGUCCCCCAAAAAACUGGACCUGGCCUCCAUCAGCCUCGGCGUGGCCAGUCAGAGGGACGAGUGCGUAGCCUUGCCUCCACCUCCUCCACCAGGCGGGUGUUUCAUAAGUGAAAAACCUCCCAGGAAACCAGCAGUGGAGACUUCCAGGCCCAUGAAGCCUCUUUACUGGACCAAAAUCCAGAUUGAGGAGAACAACAACAACACACUUUGGAGCAAUUUAGAGGAACCCCCCAUCGUCAACGCCAGCGACUUUGAGGAACUAUUUGCAAAAACCAACACAAAGACUAAAAGAAAGCCCCUGUCGGAGGCUUAUGAAAAGAAAGCCAAAGCCAGGAAGAUCAUUAAGCUGUUGGACGGGAAGCGCUCUCAGGCUGUGGGCAUCUUCAUAUCCAGCCUCCACCUGGAGAUGAAAGAUAUUCAACAAGCUGUCCUGACAGCGGAUCACUCUGUGGUGGACCUGGAGACGAUCGAAGCGCUGUAUGAAAAUAGAGCGCAGCCCGUGGAGCUGGAGAGGAUCAAGAAACACUACGAGACGUCGGGGGAAGAGGACGUCAAGCUGCUGGACAAACCUGAACAGUUCCUGUACGAGCUGUCUCAGAUCCCGGACUUCGCAGGCAGGGCUCGCUGCAUCAUUUUCCGCUCGGCCUUCGUUGACGUGAUAACCUCGGUCCAACGCAAGCUCGGCGCCGUUUCCGCCGUGUGUAAGGCUCUGCUGGGGAGUGACGGUGUCAGAGAUGUGGUGGGACUGGUGCUGGCUCUGGGGAACCACAUGAAUGGGGGCAGCAGGACCAGAGGCCAGGCUGACGGCUUCGGCUUGGAAGUCCUACCCAAACUCAAGGAUGUCAAGAGCAAGGACAAUCGAAUUAGUCUGGCGGACUUUGUGGUGUCAUACUAUCUGCGCAACAUGGAUAAGUAUGCUGGCACAGACAGGAGUACGUUUCCCCUCCCUGAACCUCAGGACGUCUUCCUGGCAGCGCAAGUCAAGUUUGAGGACCUCAACAGAGACCUUGAGCAGCUCGGACGCGAUCUGGCAAGGUGUGAGAGAGAUGUACAGAACGUUUCCUCAGACUCUGCUGAAGAACACCUGCAGCCAUUCAAGGACAAGAUGGAGGCUUUUGUCAUCAGUGCACGGAAGGAGCACGCAGAAGCCUCCUAUCAGAUGAUGAACGUGCAAAAAAAUUUCCAGGACCUGGUUCUGUACUUUGGACUAAAGCCCAAGUCAGGAGAGAAGGAAGUGACGACUGCUCACCUCUUCAUGCUCUGGUUUGAAUUCUGUGCUGACUUCAAAGCCAGGUGGAAGAGGGAGAACAAGAUCCUCUCAAAAGAGCGGUAUGCAACAUCUGUGUGCGUGUUAAAAGAGGCUCAGCUAUCAGUGAAGAGGAUUACAGGAGAGAAGAAGGUUGAAACAAGAAAGACCAACCCCAACAGCCUGAAAGAACGAUUACGUCAAAAACAAGCCAGCUUUUCGUGACAACUAUCCUUACAAAGCUGGAUCCGGCUGGAUGUGGAGCAGGACACCAACCAAUAUUUCCACCAUAUUUAUGUUACUUAAGCAUAUUCAGUGUACUCAUACUUAGCAGAUUUCAGCUUCAUGUGUAAUUUUGAAAUAAAUUCAGGAUUAGAUUAUUUAGAUUAAAAAAUAUAUGAAUAAAUAUGUGUGCAGCUUCUCAAAAUA